AUGGCCGCCGGAAAGAAGCGCGUCCUGGACGAUUCCGCGGUUGCCCCCAAAGCAAAGAAGACAAAGACCGAGGACCGCGUCAAGAACCCAAAAGAAAAGAACCCAAAACCGGAGCAACCCGCGUCGACAUUGGUCUUGGAGGAUGUCGACUUCCCCCGAGGUGGAGGAACGAACCUCACUCCUCUUGAAGUGAAGACCUUGCGCUCAGAGGCUGCCAAGGAAGCAGACAAGGAGCUUUUUGAAGAAUCUUCGAACAAGCCUGCAAAGCGUCGGCGUAAGUCAGAGGCAGGCGCUUCAGGGAAAGCGUCCAAGGAUGGCAAGAAAGUUGGAGUACGGAUAGAGCACCUCAACUACAAGAGGGUGACUGAAGGCAUGAAGAUUCUUGGCCAAAUCGUCUCCGUGGAACCCCUCGCGCUCAUCGUUUCUCUCCCCAACCAACUCUUCGCUCACGUACCGAUCACUCAAGUCUCUACGCAACUCACCGAGAUUUUGGAGACCAUGGAGGAUGGAGACACAUCUUCAGACGAGGGAGAAGAGAACACAUCGUCCCGGGUGCCGGAUUUGUUCGAAAUCUUCCGUCCCGGACAGUACGUUCGUGCAGUGGUCGCCGCUGUACAUGCAUCUGGGUCGACAGACAUGUCGGGUCUCGGCCGUGCACGAGAUGAAAUCCAGAGAGCAAGCAGGAGAGUUGAGUUGAGCAUUAUUCCGAGCAAGGUGAACGAAGGCAUCGCCAAAGGCGAUCUACGUCCAGGCCUGACAUUUGCGGCUGCCAUUCGGAGUGUUGAAGAUCACGGCUACAUCCUCGACGUGGGCGUACCCGACGUUUCCGGCUUCCUGUCUUUCAAGGAAGCUCAGAAGGGCCCGACGGGCGACGUCAAAAUGCGCGUCGGCCAAUUGUUGGACGUCGCAGUCUCCAAGAUGUCAGCCAACGGGAGAACAUGUACUGUAAUUGUGGACCCGAAAGUUGUCACUACGGUCGCUCUAUCUGAAAUCAGCAGCGUCACGUCGGUGCUACCGGGCGAUCUCGUGCAAUCUCUGAUUACUGCUGUACAACCGGACGGUCUCGUCGUGCAAGUCCUUGGGUUCUUUGACGGUACUAUCGACCAAUUACAUCUCUCUCCUGCUAGGGUCCUGUACGGCAUUACUCCUUCCACCCCUCCUCGCUUCGCUCUUUCUCUGGGAGAGCAUGUUGUCAAGCAGACGAUCAAGACAACAGACGAAGCUGUCGAUCUUCGUGAAGCCUAUCCCGUGGGAACCAUGCUCGACGCUGCAAAGGUUAUCAGGGUCGAAAACGAGAGAGGGCUGAUAGUUCAAGUCAGCGAGGGCGUGGAGGGACUCGUGCACAUCUCUCACGUCUCUGACGAACAUAUUCCGACGCUCUCGCCGUCGUCGGGAGCAUGGAAAUUAGGCACCGUGCACCGUGCUCGUGUUACGGGAUAUUAUCCUUUCGACGGCAUCCUACAGCUUUCACUUCGACCUUCAAUAUUGGCACAGAAGUUCCUCCAGGUGGCCGAUGUUCAAGUCGGUGAGGUCAUCAAAGGGACGAUCAAGAAGCUCACGGACUCGGCGUUGUUUGUAUCGAUCUCAGGCAAUGUGGAUGGCGUCAUUUGGCCCAACCACUACGCGGAUAUCGCCUUGAAGCACCCCCAGAAGCGUUUCAAGCCUGCAGCGAGCAUCAAGUGCAGGGUGCUUGUCGUGGACCCUGAUAGAAAACGAAUCGCUUUGACCGCUAAGAAGACCCUCGUGGAUUCCACCCUCCCGAUCAUCGCACAUAUCAGUGAGGCCCAGAUUGGCAUGGUCUCGCAUGCUGUCGUUUUCAAAGUCUCCGAGAAAAGCUUACAAGUCGAGUUCUUCAACAACCUCAAAGCGAUCGUCCCAGCGCGCGAAGCAAGUGAAACCCCUAUAUCCUCACUGGCUUCAGUCUUCCCUGUCGGCAAACCUGUUCAAGUCCGCAUCAUCGCGGUUGACACGGAGAGUUCACGCAUCACAGCGAGCAUACGGCAAGCGUCCCCCACCUUCAAGUCUGCGAUCGCCGAUAUCAGCGGGGUGGAUAUCGGGGACAUCGUGGAAGGCGUUGUGGCUGAUAUCCACAAGGACAAACUCAUGGUUACACUUCACCCUACGCAGGUCACCGCACUGUUGUCGCUCCACAACCUCGCAAACCGUCGUGAGAUGUCGGUCGCUCAACUUCGCUCUGCAAUCAAGACCGGCGACAAGCUCCGGGAACUUGUCGUGACGUCGCGGAACCCUGAAAAGGGCUUCGUCCUAGUUGCCAUGAAGCCGAAGGAGAAGCAGCAACUUGUGCAAAAGAGCCGCCUGUCGCUCGACACGCUUCAACCUGGACAACUCGUGGGUGGCCGCGUCCUACGACACAAUCGUCUCGGGGCUCUCGUCAAGCUCACGAACUCGAUUCAUGGCAUACUUCAUCCAACAGACGCAUGCGACGACUACGAGAACGGAAAGCCUUUCCCGGCCGUCGAUUCUGUCCUGAAGGCCGUGGUCCUUAGCGUGGACAACGAGAAGCGGCAAGUUACGUUAUCGACACGUAUAUCUCGUCUCUUCCCCGCUCAAGACAAGCCCGUCACCGAUCGCGAAAUCUCGAAUUUGGAGAGUCUGAAGAUCGGAGAUUCGGUCAGGGGUUUCAUCAAGAAUGUCGCUGAACAUGGGCUCUUUGUCAUGCUCGGCCGUGACAUUGAUGCGCGGGUUCAGAUCAGGGAGCUCUUUGACGAUUAUGUCAAAGAUUGGAAAAGCCGUUUCACCGCAAACCAACUUGUCAAGGGUCGGAUCCUCAGCGUGAACUUUGACAAGAAGCAAGUUGAGCUCUCAUUCCGCUCCGGAGACCUCAAGCGCGAGACCCGCUCCCAGCUCAAUCUUUCUGAUCUCGCCGAAGGUCAGAAGGUCGACGGCCAUGUGAAGAGGGUGGAAGAGUACGGUAUCUUCAUCGAGAUUGUGGCCUCCAAGCUCAGUGGGUUGUGUCACAAGUCCGAGCUCUCGGAUAACAAAGACGCAGACGUGACCUUGGCGCUGCGUAGUUUCCGCGAAGGCGACAAGGUCAAGGCAGUAGUUCUUUCAAUCGAUACCGAGAAGCGUCGCAUAUCUUUUGGUCUCAAGCCUUCCUACUUCGAGGAGCAAGAUUUCGAGCAGGGAAAAUCCGACGAAGAAGAUGAAGCUGACGCACGGGGAUCAUCUCCGGCCUUCGGCGUCAUGGACAACGACGAGAAUGAGGACGAAGAUGGAGAUGGAGAGGAAGACGAGGGCGAACAGGACGUUGACGCCGAUGUCGAACUCGCAGACGGUUCACAAGACGGCUCAGCGGAGGAAGACUCCAACACAGAAGCGGAAGGGAUGGAUAUCGACUUCACGCUCGAUCUUCAACAGCCAUCGAACAGUGCAACACCAGUCCCCUCUAAACGUGGCCUGCAGCUGGACAACGGUUUCCAAUGGUCUGCUGUCGAUGCCUCCGAGGACGUCGACAAGGACUCGGAAGACAACGAUGAGGACGAGCAGCCCGAGGAGAAGAAGAAGAAGCGCAAGCGCAAGGAGAUAGAGCAAGACCUCACUGCCGACAUGCACACCAAGCUUCCAGAAUCCAACGCUGACUUCGAGCGUCUGCUUCUUGGUUCCCCAGACUCGUCGUAUCUGUGGGUUCAGUACAUGUCCUUCCAGCUCCAGAUCUCCGAGGUGGACAAAGCGCGGGAAAUCGCCAAACGCGCGACGAAGACGAUCAACUUCCGUGAAGAGCAGGAAAAGAUGAACGUCUGGAUCGCGCUGCUCAACCUGGAGAACAUCUACGGCACCGACGAGUCGCUUGAGACGGCUUUCAAAGACGCCGCCCGACACAACGAUUCAAAGACGAUCCAUCUGCGCAUGGCCGAGAUCUUCGAGCAAAGCGACAAGUCAGAGAAAGCGGAGGAGCAGUACAAGCGCACCUGCAAGAAGUUCUCGACCAGCUCGAAAGUCUGGACGCUGUGUGGCGAACAUUACCUCAAGCGCGGGAUGCUCGAAGAGGCUCGCAAGCUCCUUCCUCGCAGCCUUCAGAGCUUAGAGAAGGGGAAACACUUGAAGACGAUUUGCAAGUUCGCUCAACUCGAGUACAAGCUUGGUGAUCCAGAACGAGGCAAGACCAUCUUCGAAGGCAUCGUGGACUCCCAUCUGAAGCGUUGGGACAUGUGGUCGGUUUACAUGGACAUGGAGGCAAGCCAAGGGGACAUCAUGAGCCUAAGGAACCUCUUCAACCGUGUACUCGCUCUCAAGAUGACCAGCCAUAAGGCCAAAUCUUUCUUCAAGAAGUGGCUCGAACUCGAGCGCCGACUUGGAGACGAGGAGGGUGCAGACGCUGUCAAGGCGAAAGCCAUUGAAUGGACUCAGCGUGCUGCCGGGGUUUCCGAUCCGGAUACGUAG